AACAACAUGUGCCAUUUUCAUUUAAUUAACUUUGCUUUUAUAGUUUUCUUAAUUUCUUCCGUUGAAAGUUGGGACGAUAGUUUGAAGACGACGGGGUCAGGGAACAGUUCGAUUAAAAAGCUCGUGUAUGGCGGAACAAAAACCAACAUAUAUAACGCUCCAUACAUGGCGUUAUAUUUCGAGGUGAAGAAGGGCUUCCUCUGUGGCGCCACCAUCGUUCACAGGAGGUUUUUACUAUCAGCUGCGCAUUGUUACAACCCUAAUUCAAAAUAUUAUGUCAAAGUUGGCACAGACAGAAUUGACGGUGGCUAUCGAUAUAAAGUCGACAAAAUAAUUAUACAUCCAAAUUAUCAUCCAGUUACAAUGGACAAUGAUAUAUCCGUCAUAAAAUUAAAGUCAGAAAUGACGUUUAAUAACUACAUUGGAGCGAUAAGAAUGGCGCUAAGUGACAUCAUGCUUAAAUCCGGCGCGAUAAUGACGACUAUGGGAUUCGGUGGGACUGAGAAUAAUAUAAGCUCCGAUAAGUUAUUGAGAGUGGAUGUGCCCUACGUCGCUCACCACGAGUGUAAAUCUUUAAUGGGUAAUAUUCUUACAAGAACAAUGAUUUGUGCUGGAGGCGUGCGUGGGGAGGACACUUGUCAAGGUGACAGUGGUGGACCCCUUAUCUACGAAGAUAUGAUUGUUGGUGUCGUAUCGUUCGGAAGGGGGUGUGGUAAGAAGACAAUCUAUGGCGUCUAUGCAAGUGUUCCCGCGCUACGUGGUUUCAUUGAUCAGACAAUAAGAUAUUUCUCUAAGUAUCAACAAAAUAUCCACAAUGAUUAUCGUCCACUGUAGUUAUAUCAUUUUUUAUCUAAUUACGUAGAUCUAGAAAUAAAUACAUUUUAUUGU